CACUCCCCUUUUAACCGUCUCUGCCGGCCUCGGAAACGCCCCCCUUCAUACAGACAGCGCGCGGGCGCUGCCUCAGUUCCUCUGACUCUCAGGCUGAGGCGGCAGACCGAGCCUUCGCCUCUGUACGGAAACAUGGAGAACGACCUGGGCUCGACCGGGGACCCCGGUCUGGACCGCGCGGUCAGACAGUGGCUGGACUUUGACCAGAACGCUAAGACAGCGGCAUGCGUGCGAGAGAUGGUGAAGAACGGAGCUGUGGAUGAGCUGAAGAAGUGUUUCGGUGCUCGGAUGGAGUUCGGCACAGCCGGGCUGAGAGCCGCCAUGGGCCCAGGAGUGUCCCGCAUGAAUGAUCUGACCAUCAUACAGACCACACAGGGUUUCUGUCGGUACCUGGAGCAGUGUUUUGCAGACCUGAAGGAGCGUGGCGUGGUGAUUGGGUUUGAUGCCCGCGAGCACACGGCCAGCGGGGGCAGCAGUAAGCGAUUUGCCUCUCUUGCUGCGGCCGUCCUCAUCAGCCGAGGAGUUCCUGCUUACCUCUUCUCUGCCUUUACUCCCACACCGUAUGUGCCCUUCACUGUGUCUCAUCUGGGCCUGUGUGCUGGUAUUAUGGUGACGGCCUCUCACAAUCCCAAACAGGACAAUGGAUACAAGGUUUACUGGGAAAACGGAGCUCAGAUCAUUCCCCCACACGAUAAGGGCAUUGCAGCAGCCAUAGAAGAGAAUCUAGAGCCCUGGCCUGAGUCCUGGGACACAAACACAGCUUCUAAGAGCCCCCUCCUUAAAGACCCCUAUCAAGAUAUUCACAGAGAAUACCUUCAGUCGAUACAACAGCACUGCUUUCACAGGGAGGUGAACAAGUGCUCGGAGGUGAAGAUCGUACACACCUCAGUUCAUGGUGUGGGUCACGUGUUCGUCCAGGCUGCUUUUAAGGCCUUUGACCUCAGACCUCCCUACGCUGUGAAAGAGCAGGAAGACCCUGACCCUGAGUUUCCCACUGUGGAGUACCCCAACCCUGAGGAAGGAGCAGGAGUGCUGAAUCUGUCGUUUGCGCUGGCAGACAGAGAGGGAGCCACCGUGGUUUUUGCCAACGACCCAGAUGCCGACAGACUGGCUGUGGCUGAGAAACAGCCGAGUGGUGAGUGGAGGGUGUUUUCUGGUAAUGAACUGGGCGCAUUGCUGGGCUGGUGGUCGUUCCAGUGCUGGAAGCAGCAGCAGGGAGAGAAUAAAGCCUCGGUGAAAGACGUCUACAUGCUGGCCAGCACGGUUUCCUCCAAAAUCCUCCGUGCCAUUGGGCUCAAAGAAGGCUUCCACUUUGAGGAGACUCUGACUGGAUUUAAGUGGAUGGGGAACAGAGCGAAGCAGCUACUGGAUCAGGGCAAGACUGUACUGUUUGCCUUUGAGGAAGCUAUUGGAUAUAUGUGCAGUCCAGCCGUGUUGGAUAAGGACGGGGUCAGUGCAGCAGCCAUUGCAGGAGAGCUGGUCUCUUACCUGGCCACGAAGAACACUUCACUCUCCCAGCAACUGAAAGCUGUCUAUGAUGAGUAUGGCUACCAUCUCACAAAGAACUCCUACUUUAUCUGCCACGACCAGAACACAAUCAAACAGCUGUUUGAACGUUUGAGGAACUAUGAGGGGGAGGAGUCGUACCCUAAAGAGUGUCAGGGUUUCGCCAUCACUGCAGUCAGAGAUCUAACAACGGGCUACGACAGCAACCAGCCUGAUAGCAAGGCUAUCCUUCCUACCAGUAAGAGCAGUCAGAUGAUCACUUUCACUUUUGCUAAUGGGGGCGUGGCCACAAUGAGGACUAGCGGCACAGAACCUAAAAUCAAGUACUACACAGAGCUGUGCGCUGCUCCAGGAAACAGUGAUCUGAAUCAGUUGAAUGCUGAGCUGAAUAACUUGGUGGACGCCAUCGUGGAGAAUUUCUUCCAGCCCAAAAAGAAUAACCUGACCCCUCGACCGGAUUCUUAAACAGAAACCAUGACCGAGCUCGUAUCUAGCAAGUAAAGGCACUGAUCCACUAUUGCCAAGCGCUGUUUUCCAAUCCCACAUUUUAGUGUUUACUCUGCUCUAGUCCACCAGCUCAGGGGAGGGUCUGAUAAUCAGCUGAUGAGUGGAAUUGGGUGUGCUAGAGUAGAGAAAACACAAACGCAGAACAUUUGGUUCCUAAUGAGCACUGUAAAGACAAUGGUACAUAAUGCUGGAUUAGUCUUAUUCCUAUUAAUAUGCACCCUCAAGGUUCUCCUACUUUGCCUGCAUCACUAUUUACAAAUGCCUCUAAUGUGCUAUUACCUACUGAUCCCACCCUUCAGCUGCAGUGCUCCGAGAUGACUUAAGACCAACUCAACAUCUGAUAAGCAUUUGACCUCUGAGCUUUACCCUGCAUUCUGCAUAUUAAAAAUGUUUGCAAAGCAGCCUUUAAAUGAAUACUCCAGUGUUUUUCUACCUAAUAUCUAUCUGCCACUUGUAUGUAGCAUCAUCAGUCACCACAGACAAUAAUUUUGAGAUUUUAAAACUAAAGACAUACUUGGGUCUUGCAUAUAUUGCAUGAUUUGGCCUGAAUCUGAAGCAAUUUUCCAGGUAGGGAGCACGCUUUAAAGCUUUGACAGGGGAUGUGAGUCCAUCUUUAGCCCUCAGAUUGAGCUUCAAAGCUCCUGAUAUUUUCAAAUGUUUCAUUUUUACCUCUGAAAAUGCCCAGAAUCCUGUCGUGUGAGACUGUCUGCGAUGUAAAUGAACAAGUGAUUCGGGCAACAGCCGGUGAGGGAGCUGCAGAGAGGAAAAAGGUGAAGAGAUGGUUUGUGUGGUGAUGGAGGAGCUGCUUGUGGAAUACUGACAAAUGCAUUUGUACCUUUUACUGCCUUAUUAACCAGAACUUCGUCCCUCGCUUUACAGUUAUACCUCAGCUUGCCAGUUUGUAGUGAAAUGCUUCAGCAGUUCUUACUGUAGCAUAUAUCCUAGAAUGAUAUCCAUGAUUCCCAAUAGAAGCUCCCUGUUAUUCCCUCUUUCUCUCUGCCUGAUUGUCUAACUUGUGCACCUUCACAGCAAAAGGCAAGAAAUUCUAUAAAACACCUUAAAAGACCUCGAGGGCAAGAUGCUUCCUGCUAUUUUUAUCAGACUUGCAAUGGAAGCCAAUGGGCAGGUACUUUCCCAAGUACUGUGAAACAUAUCAAAUUUAUUGUCCAUGGUAUUUAAUCCACUGUAUGCUGCAGACUUCGCAGAUAGAGGCCAAGCUGCAAAACGCUGGAGUAUUCCUUUCAGGAUGGUGACACAAUUCUUGUUGUUUUGGCUCUGUACUUCCGCACACAACGAAACAUUAACCAUGACGUGAAGGGCGUUCGUAAAAUCGUACUCAUUAGGCUUUUUACAGGUGCGCCAACCGUAUAGGUGCGCUUUGUAGGUUUAUAGUCACUGUAUCCCUUCUGCAGUCAAGCACCACUGCAGUAUUUGCAUUUGGAGUCUGUUGUCUUUCAGCAUGAACACCCAAGAAGUGUUUCAGUUAAGCAGGAUAAAGAAGUAUUAGGCAUUUCAAAAUCAACAGUUUAGAUCAUUAAGGACGGACACGCCCAUCCAGCCUUUGGUGGAUGGUGCUUCAUGUAGCUGCAGAAGAGUGUAGAGCCAAAACAACUCGGUGUCCAGUUGCUUACAGACUGCGCUACAUGUAUACAGCUGCAAGUCACAUAUAUCAGAAUCCCUCUCAUGCCAGCGUGGCUCUUACCACUGCUAAAAGUUUAGCGUUCCUUUGCUUUUCUAAAUAUACCGGGAAGGUCUGAUUUUCACACCUCGCUUCCACUGAACUGCCUUUAACUACCUUAAAGUGCAAUAUGUGGUGAUUGUAGUGCAGGGAGUGUGAACUCAGUGGCAACGUUCAUUCCAAAGUGCCCAUUAAAAAUGGCUUGAACUGUGUUUGUUGAAGUAAGAGUAAAGAGUCAGUGGCAAGCACACGGAUUUAACCCUCAGAAGUCUAGUGUUAUUACCAGUGUUUGACUGUUGACGUGGAAUAAUAUAAUGAGACAGUUCUGAAUAAUUACAUACUUGUUUUGAUGACAAUGAAAAAGGUGGCAUAUCUGUGGCUCUGGCCUGGGGAAGGGCCAAUAAGGAAACCCAAGGAGAGCAUAGACACACGCAAACGCCAGCAUGAGUGCACCUGGGGUUUUUAUUCAUACAUUAAUGUAACAAAUGGUAACGGAAGUGUGUGGCUGACAGGCGAGUGUCCUCCUCUCCCUUCUCACACUCCCCAACCUUCAUCAGCUGUCCAGGAACAAUCUGUCCAGAAUCUGCACUUUCAGCAGAAUUUCUCAACAUUCCUGUUUUUUCCUGAACAUGAAGACGUCAUCAUCAUUUACUUGUGUUCUGUGGCCCGAAUCAUGCUGGUGUCAACCUUGAGUGUACACCAACAUGGGAAGUGACCGGAAGUAGUGAUUUAUUGCAGUGUUGACUGUUGGCCGCAAGUUCCCACGCUAACAACACUAAUGCCACACUGCAUUCACGUACGGCAGUAGGUAAUAAAGUAAAUUAGGCUUUAAAUGAAAUGUUUGGACAUGCUUUCUACUUGUGAGCAGCCGGAUAUCAUGUAUUGACCCUCUGUUGGUGUAAUGGACGUGUGUGAUUCACACUGAUCUUCAUUUUGUGCAAAUUGCUCAUUAACAUUUGUCGAAAAAUUGUCACCCCUCCUCCACGUGUAGGACGAAUCCUAUCCUAGUAGUAUUUAAGACUGACUACUAUUUUCAUUUAACUUUAUUUGUAUAAGACGCAAUGAGGUUUGGCUGAAAGUUCCCGUGUCUUAGGAUUCGUUACAAAUAAUCUAAAUAAUGGACCUGAUUCUUAAAUUAUGUAAAUGUUACCAUUUUUUACCAUGAGCUGCAAAGCAUGGACCUAACUCACUCGCUCACUCACAGCAGGCUGAAACUGUUCCACAAGGGGGCGCCAUUAGCAGUCAAACACUUAAAAUAGUGCUUUCUGAUUUCUGCCAUCAGAAGCUGUGCAUUCCAUUGAUUACAGUAGAAUAUGACUGAUUGGUCUGUGCUCUGCUUCAUCGUAGCAACCGUUGCUAUGUUGGAGCAGCUUCACAGAAUGCUGACAAAAGUCGCAGUCGGCCUGAAGAGAAACGGUUUAAUUUUUAGGAUGUGUUUAUGGAUUUGAAGUGACAUUUAAAUGGUAUGUAUGGCAGCAUGUUGGCUAAUUUGAUUAACCACAACAACACAGUCAAGCUGGAAAGUAGCACUUUAAACUGGACCCUCGGUGCUGAUCCAAGCAGGCAAAUGUAAAUCAAGUGCUUUACAGUUUUUCAGACUGAAUGGGAUUUUUGUCACUUUUCUGUGGAGCUUUUCAUUCCAGUAACUACAAUACAACGUAGACAGAACCAAAAGAUUAUUAUUAUUAUUAUUAUUAUUAUUAUUAUUGUUAUUAUUGUUUUUGUUAUUAUUUAGACCCACUAAACUGUGAAGAUUGCUUGGGUAAGUAAUACUGAUGAUGUGGGCUCAAUGAAGUGUCUGACUUGUUUUUAUUUACUUUAAACUCGUCUUAAUGUAUUUAUGGGUUUGUAACUAUAGCUUGAGCCUUUUCACGUUAGACUUCCACUGCUACACAUUAAACUUUCAAAAGGUUACGGCAAACUUAAUGAAUUAUAAAAUGUUUUAUUCCAGAAACAUUCCACUUACAAUGGCUUUGAUGACCAUCCAGUUUCAGUCUUAGCGCAGGAAGUCGCUUGUUUCUCAGGUUUUCAUUGGUGUCAGAUUGUACUGUAACUACAUCGACACGUCCGUUUGACCUGGUAACUUGCCGAAAAACUAAAGCGGGAGACUUCGCGGUCACACUUGAUUUGGAUGGUCCCCUGUAGAUUCUCUACAGAUACCUAAAUCACAAAUGAACUUUCUGGUGGUACUCAGAUCAUCAACAACAGUAUGGUUAGGGUUACGGUUAGGAUUAGGUGUAGGUUAUGCCUUGAGGUUAAGGUUAGGUCUAGGUUUAGGGUUAGGAUUAUAGAUUUAAUAAAAUAUUUCAUACUAACUUGAAGUUUAAAGAUAUUUAGCAUUUACAAAGCAUCUACAGUGGACCAUCCUAACAAACCGUUACCCGUCACCUCUGGGCUGUAAUGUCCACCAGCUUUUCCUUACUGUAGUUCUUUGUAGUUUAUGAUGACUGUUUCAUGUUGAAUGUUCAGAAAGUAUCAUUUUGUUGCCAGAUGGUUCCAGGUCUGAUAACAAUGACUGUCUUUUUUUUUUUUUAUUAUUAUUCUCACGUGGUGUGACAUCUCUGAAGACUUCUGCCCCGUUAUGAUGCCUCUAUUGUAGACCACUGUUUACUUUGCCUUAAUAAACAGAUGCAGUAAGUUGA